AUGACCCUCCGGUGUCUUGCCAUGCUCACAUUAGCUCAAAGUGUGCUUUCAGCAUGCGCAACUUUCGACUACAUCAUAGUUGGGGGUGGGCCAGCAGGCCUUUUGGUUGCCAAUCGUUUGUCCGCCAACUCGAACACUACCGUUGCGAUCAUUGAAGCGGGUGGCUCCGUCCACAACAACCCCGAUGUGACGACACUACCAAAGACCAUUGCCGAAUUUAGUCCAGGCCUUGGUUCCUCCAUCGACUGGAGAUACACCAGUGCGCCUCAAAAAUACACCUUGAGCCGAGCGAUUCCGUUCGCUGCUGGCAAAGCUCUGGGUGGUAGUACCACCAUCUUUGGGAUGACGUACCUAAGAGCUGAAAAGGUGCAAAUCGAUGCGUGGGAAGAACUAGGCAACGAUGGAUGGAACUGGGACAAAAUGUUCCAAACACCAAGUGAAGAGCAACAAAAGAAUGGUGCAACAUAUGAAGAACAAUUCCAUGGCUUCAAGGGCGAAGUUGAUAUAGGUUUUACACCAUACCUCACAGGUCAAGGAGCUUUCGAUCUUCUCAGCGAGACGACAAAAGCCCUUGGGUACCCAGUCAACGAAGACGCAAACAAUGGUACUCUGCGUGGUACUACAACAUGGCCAUCGCUGCUAAAAGUAGAUGAAAAGAUACGAGAGGAUGCUGCAAGAUCAUUCUAUUGGCCCAUUGUUGAUGCUCGACCGAACUUGCAUAUGUUCCUCAAUACUGAAGCAACACGUAUUGUUUGGAGUAAAGGGGCCGCGUUUGGAACACAAGCAACCGCUGUUGGCGUCGAAGUUCGCACACUAAACGACACAAUCGAAAAACUGUACGCUACACGCGAGGUCAUUGUUGCAGCUGGAUCACUUCGAUCGCCCGCACUUCUAGAACACUCUGGCCUUGGCAACUCUGCAAAGCUACAAGCACUGGGAAUCGAGACUGUCGUGUCUCACCCAACCGUAGGUUCAAACUUCAUGGACCAGCCUGCAAACGGCUUAACCUACUCAUCUUCGACAAACUGGACCGGCUACGGUACCUUCGUAACCUACCUUACAGCUUCCGAUUUAUUUGGCUCAGAUCUCGAAGAAGUGACUGCAGAAGUUCGUGCAAACCUCAGUACUUAUGCAGCGACCAUCGUCGCAGACUACGCGCCUGGCGUGACCACGCUUGAGAAGCAGGAGCAACUCCUCAAACACCAAAUUGACCUCAUAUUCUCCCCCAACAGCACCGUUCCCCUCGCUGAACUCCUCUGGAUUCCUUACGAAACAGCCAUCGUGGCUCAAUUCUGGAACUUAUUACCACUUUCUCGGGGCUCAGUACACAUCGCCUCCUCUGAUCCAACAACUGCACCAUCCAUCAAUCCGAAUUUCUUCCAACUCUCCGUCGACAUGUACGUCCAGGCCGCCGCUGCAAUCCGCAUUCGGGAUUUCUUCGCCACUGCACCGCUUUCUCAGCACGUCACAGGCGAAGUAUCGCCUAGCUUCGAUGUCGUGCCAAAGAAUGCGAGCUGGCAGGAUCCCGCAUGGCGGAAAUGGAUCGAGGAGACGUAUAACAGUAACUCGCACCCUGUGAGUACUUGCGCUAUGAUGAGUAAGGAGUUGGGAGGAGUAGUGGAUAUCGAGGGAAAAGUGUAUGGCACGGCGAAUGUUAGGGUGGUGGAUGCGAGUAUCUUCCCCACCCAAAUCAGUGGGCAUUUGACAGCGAGUAUCUAUGCGAUUGCUGGGAGGAUUGUUGAUGGUAUGAUGUCGGAGAGAUAG